AGUGAAGCCAGCCCACAGUUUUAUGAGCCAUCUGCUGUUUUGUACUUUAGUCAAACAUCGUGAAGAGAACACUUCACUAACUCCCGGCGGGUGUUUUCCAGUACAAGUUCAUUGCCAUCACAGAUCAAUCUGUACAAUUUCCAGAACUAAACAUGGAUUACAGCCCAGUAGGAGUACCCCCAGGCCUAGAGUAUCUUGUACAGAUUGACCAGAUCUUGAUACACCAGCAAGUGGAGCUCUUGGAGGCUUUGAUCGGCUUUGAGACCAAAAACAGGUAUGAGAUCAAGAACAGCUUGGGCCAGAAGAUCUACAGUGCGAAGGAGGACAGUAACUGCUGCACCAGGAACUGCUGUGGCCCGCUGCGAAACUUUGACCUUCAGAUCAAAGAUCACAAUGAGCAGGAAGUCAUUCGUUUGGUCAAACCCCUCCGGUGUACUUCCUGCUGCUGCCCCUGCUGUCUUCAAGAGAUGGAGGUUCAGUCGCCACCAGGAGUUACCAUUGGCUAUGUGGUCCAGCAGUGGCACCCCUUCUUACCCAAGUUAUCGAUCUUGGGAGCCUCAAAGGAAAAUCUGCUGAAAAUAGAGGGGCCAUGCUGUGCUGUUAGCUGCUGUGGGGAUGUAGACUUUGUGCUCAAAGGUAAGGAUGAUCAAACCAUUGGGAGAAUCACUAAGCAAUGGAGUGGCGUGGUGAAGGAGCUCUUCACUGACACAGAUAACUUUGGAAUCGAGUUUCCCAUCGACCUGGACGUGAAGGUGAAGGCCGUGUUGCUUGGGGCCUGUUUUCUAAUCGAUUUUAUGUUUUUCGAGAAGACGGGGGACAGUGGAAACCGAUGCAGUGUCUUUGGGUGAAGCCACACAGAAGAAACCCUCAUUUGUUGUGCACUGGUGAAAAUGUUGUUGCCAAAAUAUAUGAUUCAAGUUUAUAAUUUCUUUGGUAUUCAUAUUUAAUAAGUAAAACUUUGUUUUGAUGUUUUUUUUAUCAAGGUCUGAACAAAUUACGUACCAGUUUGUAAAAUAUUGGUAGAUCUAAUGAGUAAUGCUUGUAUAUUUGACUGGCCUCUUUACCGAUGACUUUUUUCACUGGUAAGCCGUUCAUAUCAGCUAAUCAAUGUUGAUGAUAACAUAACAACUGGGAAAGUGGUUAAAGUCCGUCUUUAUGAUACCAUUUCAAUCUUUUAUUGCAAGUCAAAUACUGUUUCAGAGUUAGACCUAAAAAUGCAAUCGCUUACUUUGUUGUCUGAUUAUAACCUAAUAGUUAUUAUAGUUCUAGAAACAAUACUUAUUUGUUUAAAUACUCCUCAGAAAUGGUCAUAACUGUAUAUUUUGUAAAAGCCUAUACCAAAGCAUUAAACAGUGUUUUAUUUUUCACACA